AUGGUGGAAGAGAUAAAACGUCGGCCCAAGUCCGACAGAUCUAUUCGUGAUAUGCCCAACUUGCCAAGUGCGUCGAGGGGGUUCACGAUUAACGCCGCCAAGUUCAAGGAGAGGUUCACCCCGUCUCACCAGUAUGCCGCGUUCCCCAAAGCUCCCAUCACCUCCCAUAUCAAGGCGGGAGUCCACUUUCAAUGGCCAGGCAACGGCGGAGAGAUCUCAGCACGACUAUUUUCAUCAGCUCGGUAG